UGUUUCUGUGCGCGUGAUGAUCCACUUCUCUCCUUUGCUGAAAUUGAAAAAGGAGUUCUUUUUUCGGUCUCAUCCCUCCACUUCUAUUCUGGGUCCUUUAGAAAGUAGCUAACUUAUACGCAAAGAGGCUCUGGAAAGUGGAAAGCUCAUCUCGUGUACAUCUAUCUUCUGGAUUAGCUGAUAUGAGCUAGUUUUCUGGGAAUAUAAAAAGAACUUUGAGGCUUAGAAAUUCAGGCAAGACUGGUACUAAUAUUGAGCUUCCAAAAUGGUGAUGGCUUCUACUGUUAAGGUGGUUCUAGGCUCAACUGCCUUUGGAAUCUUCUGGAUACUGGCAGUUUUCCCUUCUGUCCCUUUUCUACCAGUUGGGAGGACUGCAGGGUCCCUGCUGGGAGCCACGCUUAUGGUCUUAUUUAGAGUCAUAACCCCAGAUCAAGCUUAUGCUGCAAUUGAUCUCCCAAUCCUUGGUCUUUUGUUUGCAACAAUGGUUGUUACUGUCUAUCUUGAAAGAGCAGAUAUGUUCAAGUAUUUGGGGAAGUUGCUUUCAUGGAAGAGUAAAGGAGCUAAGGACCUGAUUUGUCGGAUCUGUGUGAUUUCUGCAAUUUCAAGCGCUUUUUUCACCAAUGACACUUGCUGUGUGGUUUUGACUGAAUUUGUAAUGAAAAUUGCAAGGCAACAUAAUCUACCACCUCAUCCUUUCCUGCUUGCUCUUGCCUCUAGUGCAAAUAUUGGGUCUGCAGCAACUCCUAUUGGAAAUCCUCAAAACCUGGUUAUAGCAGUUCAGAGUAAAAUUCCUUUUGGGGAAUUUCUUUUUGGAGUUCUUCCUGCAAUGCUCAUAGGAAUUGUUGUGAAUGCUUUACUUCUUAUAUGUAUGUAUUGGAGGGUGUUGUCUACUCAGAAGGAUGAAGAAGAUGCAACCAGUGAAAUGGUUGGAGAUGAGGAUGUUGUUUCUCAUCGGUUUUCACCUGUCACAAUGUCACAUCUUUCAUCCAUAAAUUCUCAAGAAUGGAACUCAAGGUUGGAAGCUAUAAACAUGCAAGGCUCUCCCAAUAUGAAUGGAACUGUGCCUCAUGUUGAUGUUACCCUCAGGAACCGAACAAGUUCAGCCAAGAGUGAAAUCCACAGGGUAUCAAGCGAUGGAUUUGAGUCUGGAAGGAUCUCAAAUGUUUCAAAAGAGGGGAUAAAUGAUGGAUUCUCCCCAAAAGUGGAGGAAACUGGCCCUUCAAAGAGGGUUGUAUCAAUGAAUAGAGUGAGAGAGGAAUUGUCUACACAGGUGUCAGAAGCGAAAGAAAAUUUGACUACAAAGUGGAAAAGGAUGUUAUGGAAAUUGUGUGUUUACAUUGUUACCAUUGGCAUGCUGGUUGCUUUGCUUAUGGGUCUCAACUUGUCCUGGACAGCACUGACAGCGGCCCUUGCUCUUGUGGUUCUUGAUUUUAGGGAUGCUCAACCUUGCCUAGAAAAGGUAUCCUAUUCGCUUUUAAUUUUCUUUUGCGGAAUGUUUAUCACAGUCGAUGGUUUCAACAAAACUGGAAUUCCAAGCAAAAUUUGGGACUUGAUGGAGCCCCAUUCAAAGAUCAACCAUGUUUCUGGGAUAGCAGUUCUUGCUAUUGUCAUACUACUCAUGUCAAAUUUGGCUUCGAAUGUACCAACUGUUGACACUGAAAUGCACAACCAAAUUGUUCAACAUCUUCAGCUACCUGUGCUUCCAGUUCUUUAGGGAGAGGAUAGAGAAAAAUAAAUUAUUCUAGUUUUA